AUGAAUAUCGUCAUCAAACAUUUCAUAAAGCCCAAACUAAAACCCCUAACCCCAUUUUUUCUCUCUCACUCUCCCACUCUCUCCGCCGUCCUUCUGCGUCGACUUAUUCCUCAACCGCCACCUUCUUUUUCCUUCCUCCGCCACCUCUCCUCUUCUUCUCCGCCGUCAAACAUGGCGAAUCCCGCCGACGACGCUACCAAGUCCGUCGCCAAUUUGUCAAUGGAUUCCAAUCCUAAUCCGGAAUCCGAAACUCUCAGCAAGAAUGCGCAGAAGAAGCAAGCGAAGAACAAGCAGAAAGAAGAAGAGCGUCGCCGUAAGGAGGAAGAGAAGGCUGCUAAGCAGGCUGCAAUGCCAAGCACUCAAGGUCAGAAGUCUCAAGUAGCUGAUGAUGAGGACAUGGACCCAACUCAAUACUUUGAGAAUAGGGUGAAAUCGCUGGAUGCACAGAAGGCGGCUGGAAUCAAUCCCUACCCACAUAAGUUCUCUGUUACACUGAGUGUAGCUGGAUAUAUUGAGAAGUAUGGUGUUUUGGGCAAUGGGGAACAUCUUGAGGAUGUGCAAGUAUCAUUAGCUGGGAGAAUCAUGAACAAGCGUGAAUCCUCUUCGAAGCUUUUAUUUUAUGAUUUGCAUGGCGAUGGUUUCAAAGUCCAAGUGAUGACUGAUGCCAAGAUCUCUGAGCUUGGCGAUGCUGAGUUUUUGAAGUUCCAUUCUUCUGUGAAGCGUGGUGAUAUUGUUGGUGUAACUGGAUUCCCAGGGAAAUCGAAGAGAGGGGAGCUAAGUAUUUUUCCCAAGUCUUUUGUCGUUUUGUCUCAUUGCCUACAUAUGCUGCCAAGGCAGAAGGCUGCUGCUGCUGCUUCAGAGAAUGCCCAUAAAGGUGAAGUUUGGGUCCCAGGAAGUACAAGAAAUCCUGAUUUGUACAUCUUGAAGGAUCAGGAAACCCGUUAUCGUCAGAGAUACUUGGAUUUGAUGGUGAAUACUGAGGUCAGAGAGAUAUUCAGGACGCGAUCAAAGAUUGUUCAAUAUAUAAGGAGGUUUCUGGACAACCAAGGUUUCCUAGAGGUGGAAACCCCUAUGAUGAAUAUGAUUCCUGGUGGUGCCGCUGCACGCCCGUUUGUGACUUAUCACAAUGACCUGAAUAUGAAGCUGUAUAUGCGUAUUGCGCCUGAACUUUAUCUGAAAGAGCUAGUUGUUGGUGGAUUGGACCGUGUCUAUGAAAUUGGAAAGCUGUUUAGGAAUGAGGGUAUUGACCUGACACAUAACCCUGAGUUUACAACGUGCGAGUUUUACAUGGCAUUUGCUGAUUAUAAUGAUCUGAUGGAGAUGACUGAAACGUUGUUGAGUGGGAUGGUGAAGGAAUUGACUGGGGGCUAUGUCAUUAAGUUCCACGCAAAUGGGCUGGAUAAGGAGGCAAUUGAGAUUGAUUUCACUCCACCUUACAGGAGGAUUGACAUGAUAGAGGAAUUAGAGAAAAUGGCAAAUCUGUCCAUACCCAAGGAUUUAGCUAGCGAGGAAACUAAUAAAUAUUUAAUAGAUGCAUGUGCAAAGUAUGAUGUGAAGUGCCCAGCUCCUCAGACAACAACUCGUUUAUUGGAUAAACUGGUGGGACACUUCUUGGAGGAAACUUGUGUAAAUCCAGCCUUUAUCAUAAACCAUCCAGAGCUAAUGAGUCCAUUAGCUAAGUGGCACAGGUCAAAGCCCGGGUUGACUGAACGUUUUGAGUUGUUUGUGAACAAGCAUGAGCUUUGUAACGCGUACACUGAAUUAAAUGACCCUAUAGUACAGCGCCAGAGGUUUGCUGAACAACUGAAGGAUCGACAAUCUGGUGAUGAUGAAGCUAUGGCUUUGGACGAGACAUUUUGUACAGCUCUUGAGUAUGGGUUACCCCCUACUGGCGGAUGGGGUAUGGGUAUUGAUCGACUUACAAUGAUGCUGACAGAUUCCCAAAAUAUAAAGGAGGUUCUGCUCUUCCCAGCCAUGAAGCCUCAGGAUGAGCCAUCAGCUAUACCAGCUAAAGCUGCAGCUGAAGCACACUGAUGUUUACACCACUAGCAAAUGUUGCGUGAUGACUUGUGCUUGGUGAUUGAGUCGUAAAUCAUUUAUCAACACCACUCCGUUUUUGUUACUCUCUUGGAAUAGUGUGGUUCAUCAUUUUCUAACAAAAAUCAGCGAUUCUAAUUAUUAACUGCAUAUGAUUAGAAUUUUACGAUACCUGCUUUUUUUUUCCUUUGCCUGCAUGCAUAUUAUAUUUUCAUUAGCUAGACUGGUGCUUGUUUUUAAAGCUAGAUGAUCUACGCAUGAAGACGUUUGAGACAAAAGUUUUCAAUAACUGAUAAUCUUAUUAACAAA